CUUGUAGUUAGAAAAAAGUGCUUCAAUAUUCCAAGUUUUAUUAGCUUUAGACUGGUGAUUAAGUUUUAUGGAAAUAACUUUCAGAACAAAAAUAUCGUCGAGAAAUAAACUUUCUUCCUUUUGAUGAAAUUGUAGAUUUAGGCAUUAUUUGUCCAUAGUUUUGACUUAGAAUAGCGAAAUUGAAAGCAAACCAAUUUUCUGAUCCUAUUGAAACGACUUGCAAUAAUUUUAUUCCAUCAAUUGAUUCUUAAAGCGCCGAAAAUCGCCUUAACUGAACUGAAUAACAGAACUUAGCGCUGAAUGGACUAACAACUUAAAGUUUUGGUCGUUAAAAAAUCAGUUGAUACUCCCGAUAUGUAAAAACUUGCUUUCAUUCGACAAAAAGUAAUAUACAUAUAAUUGAAUCAUGCUUCAGUUCAUUUUCAUAUAUUCGUAAGAAUUUUUGUUUUGAUCGCAGCGAAUUAAUUUUAUUUGUCAAAGAGAAUUUAAAAAAAAAAAAAACUUUAAGAUAUAAAAAUAAGAGCGUGUUUUUACAACGAAUUAAAUAAAAAAAAAACAAUUAUUAAAAAGAUAUAUAUAUACAUUAUAUAUAUACAUUUUCGUAGCAACCCUUCGGUAUAGAAGUAAUUUUGUGUCAAUAUGUCGUUCCUACUAAAUGAUAAGCUAUUGCGAUCAGCACUACCGAAGACAAUAUUGUACUGGUCCGGACUUGGGGCUAUUCGCGAAAAGCAUGUGAUCCCCAAGCAUUUGGAAAAAAUUGCCAAAGACAAAGAUCCACCAUUUGCACAGAUGGUUGAGUACUAUUAUCAUUCGGCGGCUCAGCUUAUGGAGCCGAUGAUGAUAAAGGAACUGGAGAAGUAUCCGUAUAUGAAGAAGGAACAGCGUGAACGACGUGUUUCGGCCAUGCUGCAAUUGAUCGGCUCAACCACAAAUUUGCUGGAAGUUACCUUCCCUAUAAUAAAAAGUGAUGGUCGUUACGAGCUAAUUACCGGCUAUCGAGCACACCAUACCAGACAUCGAUUGCCACUCAAAGGAGGUAUACGUUUUGCCAUGGACGUAGAUGCCGAUGAGAUACGUGCUUUGGCUUAUCUGAUGGCGUUUAAGACGGCUUGCGUAAAUGUGCCUUUCGGUGGUUCCAAAGGUGGCAUACGUAUCGAUCCCAAAAAGUAUACUGCACACGAGUUGCAAACGAUAACUCGUCGCUAUACAAUGGAGCUGUUACGACGCAACAUGAUAGGUCCUGGUAUAGAUGUACCAGCACCAGAUGUGAAUACAAGCGAACGCGAGAUGAGUUGGCUGGUGGAUCAGUAUAUUAAAACUUUUGGUUACAACGAUGUGAAUGCUUUAGCCAUCACGACUGGUAAGCCAGUAGCAAUAGGUGGUAUAAAUGGUCGUACUGCCGCCACAGGACGUGGUCUGUUUAAGGCAGCUGAAUGUUUUAUUAUGGAUCAAGAUUGGAUGGAUUUAUUAGGCUGGAAAACUGGUUGGAAAGAUAAAACAGUGAUCGUGCAAGGUUUUGGUAAUGUCGGUUCAUAUGCAUCUGUUUUCGUAGUAGAAGCUGGUGCCAAACUGAUCGGUGUACAAGAAAUUGAUGUAUCACUUGUAAAUGAUAAUGGCAUAGAUCCUAAGGAUUUAAUGGACUAUUAUGCUAAAAAUAAGAAAUCCAUCAAGGGCUAUACGAAAGCUACUGAAAAAAGCGGAAGUCUGCUAGGUGAAAAAUGCGAUAUACUAAUGCCUUGCGCUACACAAAAGGUUCUCACCGCUGAAAAUGCCAAUAGUGUACAAGCAAAGAUGAUUUUGGAAGGCGCUAAUGGUCCUUCGACGCCUGCUGCCGACGAAAUAUUACGUAAAAAGAAUGUACUCAUCAUACCGGAUAUGUAUUGUAAUGCUGGCGGUGUAACGGUAUCUUACUUUGAGUACUUAAAGAAUAUCAAUCAUGUAUCUUAUGGUAAAAUGAACGUGAAACGCGAAAAGUCUAUAAUCAAUGAGAUUUUCAACUCCAUCAAUGAAUGCAAUGAUAAAUUUGCGCCGAAUAAAAAGUUGGAGCUUAUUCGAGACUGUACGAAGGAGGCGGAUAUUGUAGACGCUGGGCUGCAAACAGUUAUGGAGACUGCUGCAGAAGGCAUAAAAUACGUGGCCAAUGAAUACGCUCUGUGCAAUGAUUUGCGUACGGCUGCUUUCAUAUAUUCGAUUUCCAAGAUUUUUCUCGCCUUAGAAGUAACGGGCAUUUCUCAGCAGUAGUUGUUGAUUGUUUCAGAAAUUAUUUGGCGAUGAUAGCAUUUUAAAAUGUAACACAUAAAGACUAACGUUUAAACUCUCAAA